CACCAUGUUGAUGGUGGUUUAUAAAGCUGAAACCUUGUGCCCUAGUUUGUAUGACUGUUUCUCAUGUUUAGGACUGUUUCCAGAGGCUCACAUCAAAAUGAGUAAGAUUGUCUUUUAUGAGGAGAGAAACUUCCAAGGUCGCUCCUAUGAGUGCGACACAGACUGCCCAGACAUGCACCCUCAUUUCAGUCGAUGCAACUCUAUCAGAGUGGAGAGUGGCUGCUGGGUCUUGUAUGAAAGACCCAACUACUCUGGUUUCCAGUAUGUGCUAACCAGAGGUGAAUAUCCUGAAUACCACCGCUGGAUGGGCUACAAUGACACCAUUCGCUCAUGCCGUACAUUUUCUUAUAAAAGUGAUGGAUCCUACUGCAUCCGGAUCUAUGAUCGACCAGAUUUUCAAGGUCAGAUGAUGGAAUUCAGUGAUGACUGCAAGUCCAUUCAUGAAAGUUUCCAGUGCCGCAGCGUUCACUCUUGCAAUGUCAUGGAGGGCUACUGGACCUUCUAUGAGCACCCCAGUUAUCGAGGCCGUCAGUAUUUCAUGCCUCCUGGCGAGUAUCGCAAGUUCAAUAACUGGGGUGCCAUGUGUGCCGCCAUUGGCUCCUUCUGCAGGAUCACUGAUUUUUAGAGUUCACAUUAUGAAAAUAAUUGUCUUUUCUGGCAUUAACUUGUCAAUAAAAUGUCACAAAGCAAAA